AUGAUUGAACUUGAAGUGGAUCACUUGAGUCUCACUCAGUACAAGGUACAGUCUGGGAACACAGUGACAGUUCUCAUCAGAGAAUCCAUACAGGUGUUUCUGAUGAAUGACAAAGGCGAGCUACACCCAUAUAAGAUACAGCAUGGUGAAACUGUCAAAAAGUUCAAACAAAAAGUACAUCAUAAAGAGGGGAUCCCACCAAAUCAGCAGAGACUCUUUUAUGAAGAUCAACUACUGGAAGAUGGCAGAAAAACGGAAGAGUAUUGUAUCAAAGUCAAUGUCACCAUUAUUCUCCACCUUCAGCUUGUAGGAGGCUCACACUGUUCAUAA